AUAAAGCGCGGCCUGCGUAUGACCGCCUCCUAGUGGUGAGCACACCGCACUGCAGUAGCAGCGGCAGAGCAUGUCCUGACCGCAAGCAGACGCACUUUGAGGGGAAAAGAUGGCCGCCAGUCGUCGCGUUCAGACGGACUGACUGUGGAGCAGGGCCGCCCCGCUAGCCUCUCAAGAUGGACACCGCCGAGGAAGGGGACAUCUGUCGUGUGUGCCGGUCGGAGGGCACACAGGACAAGCCGCUCUACCACCCGUGUGUCUGCACCGGCAGCAUCAAGUUCAUCCAUCAGGAAUGCUUACUGCAGUGGUUGAAACACAGCAGGAAGGAAUACUGUGAAUUAUGCAAGCACCGGUUUGCAUUCACACCAAUCUACUCUCCAGACAUGCCAUCUCGCUUGCCAGUUCAGGACAUCUUCGCAGGGCUGGUCAGCAGUGUUGGGACAGCCAUCAGAUACUGGUUCCAUUACACGCUGGUGGCCUUCGCCUGGCUAGGCGUUGUACCUCUCACAGCAUGUCGUAUCUACAAGUGUUUAUUUACCGGCUCCGUGAGCUCCCUCCUCACGCUGCCAUUAGACAUGCUUUCAACGCAGAACCUGCUGGCAGACUGCCUCCAGGGCUGUUUUGUGGUCACUUGCACACUGUGCGCCUUCAUUAGCCUGGUGUGGCUCAGAGAACAGAUUGUCCACGGAGGCCCCCCCCAGUGGUUGGAGCAGAAUCAACCACCCCUGGUUCCAAACCAGCCCAAUGGUCCAGCACCAGCUGAUGAGGUUCCAGGUGCCGACAUCAACGCCCAAGCUGCUGCAGGCGCCGGAGAACCCCGGCGACCUGGAGACGCUCCCCAGGACGGACAGGCAGCCGCCGACCCACAGGAAGCCGGCAACCACGGGGACGAGGCUGAACUCGAUGACGAUGAUGGGGAGGACAAUGAAGAGGGGGAGGACGAAGAGGAGGACAGGGAAGAGGAUGCUGCCGAAGCCAACAAUGGAGGACAAGAAGAUUUGAACUGGAACGCCCUGGAGUGGGACCGUGCAGCAGAGGAGCUAACCUGGGAAAGGAUGCUGGGACUGGAUGGUUCCUUAGUUUUCUUGGAGCACGUGUUCUGGGUGGUGUCUCUCAACACACUCUUCAUCCUGGUCUUCGCCUUCUGCCCGUACCACAUCGGCCAUUUCUCAGUAGUAGGAAUGGGCUUUGAAGAAUGUGUCAAAGCUUCACACUUUGACGGCCUUGUCACCACCAUCCUGGGUUACAUCCUCCUGGCUGGAGUGCUCAUAGUCUGCCAUUUGUUUGCGUCGUUGGUGAGGUUCCAGCGCUCCAGACGCCUCUUGGGUGUCUGCUACAUUGUUGUUAAGGUGUCCCUGCUGGUUGUCAUGGAGAUAGGCUUGUUCCCGCUGAUUUGUGGUUGGUGGCUGGACAUUUGCUCGCUGGAGAUGUUCGACGCAACUCUUAAAGACCGGGAGCAGAGUUUUGACUUGGCCCCCGGCACCACCAUGUUCCUCCACUGGCUGGUCGGCAUGGUCUACGUCUUCUACUUCGCGUCCUUCAUCCUUCUGCUCCGAGAGGUUCUCCGGCCUGGUGUGCUGUGGUUCCUCAGGAACCUGAACGAUCCAGACUUUAACCCAGUCCAAGAAAUGAUCCACCUGCCGAUCUACAGACACCUGCGGAGGUUUAUACUCUCUGUGGUGGUUUUUGGCUCCAUAGUUCUGUUGAUGCUUUGGCUUCCAAUCAGAAUCAUCAAACUGCUCUCCCCAACCUUCCUGCCCUACAACGUCAUGCUUUACAGCGAUGCCCCCGUCAGCGAGCUGUCCCUCGAGCUGCUGUUGCUUCAGGUCGUUCUGCCGGCUUUACUGGAGCAGGGUCACACGCGCCAGUGGCUGAAACGCCUCGUCCACGCCUGGACGUUCACAGCAGGAUACAUGCUUGACCUUCACUCGUACCUGCUGGGGGACCAUGAAGACGAGGACCACCAGCCAAACAACAACCCUCCUGUUCAGGAUGACCGGAUCCCUGGUUUAGGGGAGGGGCUUCACGCUGCCCAUCAGGCCAUCCUGCAGCAGGGAGGCCCUCUGGGUUUCCAGUCGUACCACCGGCCUGUCAACUUCCCCCUCAAGAUCAUUCUGCUGGUUUCCUUCAUGUGUGUGACGCUGCUACUGGCCAGUCUGGUCUGCCUCACACUACCAGUGUUUGCGGGCCGGUGGCUCAUGUCUUUCUGGAUGGGCAGUGCCAUGGUUCAUGAGUUGUACACAGCGGCCAGUGGUCUGUACAUCUGCUGGCUGUCCAUUCGAGGCGCCACCAUGAUGCUCUCUUGGAUGCCACAGGGACGGAACAUGAUCAUGAUCAAAGUCCAGGAGUGGACACUUACGAUCCUGAAGACUGUUGUGGUGGCCGUGCUCUUGGCCGGGGUCAUUCCUCUGCUCUUGGGUCUGCUGUUUGAGCUGGUGGUUGUUGCUCCUCUCAGAGUCCAACUAGACCAGACCCCUCUCUUCUACCCCUGGCAGGACUGGGCUCUGGGAGUUCUCCAUGCUAAAAUCAUUGCUGCCAUCACACUGAUGGGCCCCCAGUGGUGGCUCAAAACCGUCAUCGAGCAGGUGUAUGCCAACGGUAUACGGAACAUUGACCUCCAUUUCAUCGUGCGUGGACUGGCCGCCCCGGUCAUCUGCGUCCUGCUGCUGUCCCUCAGUGUGCCGUACACCAUCUCCAAAGGCAUUACACCGCUGCUGGGUGUGCAGCCAGAGAUGCAGACGCUGGUGGAGCGGCGGAUCUAUCCCUUCCUGCUGAUGAUGGUCGUUCUGCUGUCCGUCCUGUCCUUCCAGAUCCAGCAGUUCAAACGCCUCUACGAACACAUUAAGAACGACAAAUACCUGGUUGGACAGCGGCUCGUGAACUAUGAACGCAGGAGGCUGUCGACCCCCUCGUAGACGUGCUGCUGUGGGCUCUGGCGCCACGGCAAUCUGCCCGGCAGAUUGUAAUUAUAUUCUUUUUUUAAGUUGGGGUCGGGUCAAUUGAACAUAGCUUUUACCUCAGGUUGUGCUUCCCUCUUGAAUGUUUGAUGUGAGAUAUUGUCUAUCAAACCCGAACGUCUCUUAAUGAGACUUUUUUUUUUGACAUUUCAGAGCCGUAGAGGUGGUUGUUUAUACGUCUCAGAUGACCAAUGUUAUCAAAUCAAGGUCGUCCGUGACAAGGAAGGAUACACAUAAUGUAGCAAUAUUGAUUUUACCUUUCUUUUUUUUAAUUUGUUUUUCAAAGGGGGGGUUUUAGAUGUUUUUAAUGGAUUUGUUCGCAGUGUUCUGGAGUGAGCUGUUGGUCCUGCUAUUUCCUUGAGUGACAAUCUGAAUAAAACCGGGGACAAAUUUUUUCUUAAUGUUUUCCUUUGAAUUUAAAAAACAGUUGUGUAGUAUCUUUGAGAAAAUCCAGCUUCAACAGUGGACAGGUUAACAAAGAAUAUUUUAACUGUAAAAAAAACCUCAGACCAUUUCAGAACGAGCCUGUGAAACUGAUCUUUAAUAUUUAUUCUGAGAGAAUUAAGUCAUGCUGCUAAUUGGCUGUUUAGGCUCAUAGCUGUGUGCACUGUGACCAGUUAGGAGACAAAGGCUACAGAUGGAUAAAGGAACCUUACUGGAAAUGAGGCAAAUCCCUUUCCCUUUUUUAGGUUUUACCAAAAUUCCAAAGGCCCCCUUUUUUCUGUUCCAUGUUGUUACUGAUUAUUCUCUUAAUCCAUCGCUGCCACCUGCUGAUCCAAUCUCAUCUUGUCAUCAAUUUAGCAACUAAUGCACGCUCAUGUAUGCAGAUGAAUAUUACCUAGAUCAUAGCUACGUAUAGAUGAUUGGCAGUUUAAUAUAGAUCAAACUUUUUUUUCCAGUUUUCUUUAGUCAUGCAACAGUGACUUCCUGUUUAGUUGAUUGCUUUAAAUGUUAAUCUAGCAACCCAUAACGGUACCAGGUGUGCUCUUCAGAGAUUCGUGGAUCCUAUUGUAGCAUUAUCAGGGACACAACAACAUGGUGCAGGAGUUUAACCAUAGGCGUGCAACACUAGUUUGCACAUGUGCAGUAUGAACGGCAUGACGCUUCAGGUCACACUCGGCAGGCCUCAUCUCUAAUAAUAAACAAUAUAACACUGAUUCGCAUGAUGACAUACGCUAUUGCUCACAGGGACAGAAGGGGGUUUGAUGUGCUAGUUGGGAUGGUUUUUUCUUUAAUAUACAAAGAUAGAUGCCUUUGCAGAAUUGGUUUUGAAGGAACCUAAUUUGUCAUGCAAAUGUUUUAAUUAUGCACGUUCCAGUGAAACAGUAAUCACAUUUAAUUUCCUCCCAAAAAGACUGAAAGGGGUCACGAGUCACUGCUGUGGGUGUCACUAGAAGGUUGAAAAAACUUGUUUUCUAUUGAUAUGGAUUGUGAGAUUAACUUAAGUGCUGCUGUGGGGAAUACUCAUUACAUAAAUAUGUUUUAAAGUGACCUUUCAAGUAUUUGAGCUGGACAUUUCAAAUUCUGAUCUUGAAUUACAAUUUUUAGAAGCAGCCGAUUUCUAUUUUUAUAAGUGCGAAAGAGGCAUUGGCAUGUACUGUAACAUGGAUUAUUGAAAUAUGUAAUAUAACACAAUAAACAGUUGAAAUGA